CUAUCUCCAUCUGGACGAUUGUAAUAUGUUCUCCUACGGAGGUGCGCAGAGUAGAGCGCUACAUAGGAAAGUAUAAAUACGCAUUGUAGAACUAUAGAACAUCAUUUUACAACGAUGCGACUUGUACUCGUAAUCACUUUAGCUCUCUCGCAAGCCUUCGUCGUGCUUUCUCAACACGCUGAGCCAGCCUUCCAGGUUCCGACUUAUUCUUCUACCUGUGAGGAACAAGCUAGACAAUCAGGCUUGCCCACCGAUGGUUGGAAAAUAGUUUACGAAGAUGGAGGUCAACCAAAAUGCCGUCGAAUGACUGUUCAGGAACUCGAUAUCUGCCACGGUGUUGAGUAUAUCGACGCCGACACCAAAGACAAGAGGUGUUGUCAAGAUGUAAGUGGGCUCACAUGGAUCGACAGGCCUGCCAAGUUAGCCAAGUGCUGCGCCAAGGAUCACGUAUGGACGUUUGAUAACGGAGACGGUCCUACACGCGGAGGGUGUUGCAUGGUUGGGUUACACAUGCACAAUGGGAAUUGUGUCCCCCCAUACACUCCCCGCCCUCCUCUACACUGCCCGCCUGGGACAUACUCGAUCGAUGACCGAUGUGUCCCGAUCAUCGCUUCCCCUCCCCGCUGCCCGGUUGGGACAUUUUUGCAGGAUGGCAUGUGCAUCCCAGUUCCGGUUCAAAUUGUCAGCUGCCCGGUUGGGACAUACUCGAACGACGGCCAGUGUGUCCCAACUAUUGCUUCCCCUCCGCGCUGCCCAGUCGGGACAUUUAUGCGUGACGGCAUGUGCGUUGGGACAUACUUGAACGAUGGCCGGUGUAUCCCAAUUAUUGCUUCCCCUCCGCGCUGCCCGCCUGGGACAUUCAUGCAUGAUGGCAUGUGCCUCCAAAUUCCGAACGACAUCUGCCCAAUCGGAACCCGCAUGCAAGAUGGUCAAUGUGUCCCAUUGCUUCAGGCGUGUAGCAAUGGUCGUGACAGCGUCGAACCCUCGGUCGCAUACGCGAAUCACCCGGUCUGUGGACAUGACAAGUACCCAGGCAUCAGACAUGGUCAAUGGAGUUGCUCCCAAACUCAACAUGAACUCAACUCGCUUGAAAAUGACCAAAUUCGUUUCAACUCGAAACUGAAUUGAGUUAUAACUCGCUGGGUUCGAGAUUUACAUUUGAUUUCGUGUAUCUAUGUGACAUUGUAAUCCCCUGUAAAUGGUCUAUA